AUGAGUCCAAAUCAACCGCUGCAUGAGAUUGCUAUAAACAAUAACCGUGUUGCGCCUCCUCCACCAUUCAAGACGGUCGACGCUACUGCCCAGACUGAGACAGCAGCGCGACAAGGUGGGGAUACCGCGGUACCACUGCAACUGCCAACCCUGGCCGACGACGCGCUCUCGCGAGCCUCCCACCCGAUUGCGUCGAUAACGCCAACUGCUGCUGCGCCUGUCAACGGUGCUGCUGCUGUUAAUUCAACAGCCAGAACCACAACAGCACAUGCCGUAGUUGCUGCUGCUAUCGCCAAAAUGCAGCGCAAGCCUUCUACAGAUCGCGAUGAUGGUUCUACACAGAGCCAUCCUUUCUCCAACGCUGGCUCCCAAGACACCACCAUAACCGUUUCGACAGAUCUCGCAUUCACCCCUCCAGCAAGUGACGCCAGUAACUGUGCACCUGGUCCGUCUAGCCAGGAUAGUCAGUUAUUUCAGCUCUCCGAGAUUGCUGCUGCACAAGACAGAAUCGGCACAAUUAACUCGAAUACACGGAAACGCAUGGCCGACGGUGAGGUUAAAAGCCGAACAGAAAGCCAAAGCCCCGUCAAAGGCCAUACAAGAACACCAAGUGCUGUAAGCAGGACAUCAGCAGGUGGCCAUAUUGGAGAGUUAUCUAACGAACUACGGACGCGUCUCUCCUACGCCAUGGUCAAGGUCAAUAAUGGUUGGCAGUCAAACUCACUCGAAGAGGUUGAGAAUAUGGCAUCACAAGCUGCUUCUCCAGUCUCGAGUACAUCCACCAUACAUCGUCGACAAGGGUCAUCGGCGAGCCCUCGAAUGCCCAUGAGCAAUCCACCUUCAUCUUCGGCACCUCUACCACAAACAUCGACCACCGAGCGACGAAAGUCACAUACACCACCAAAUCAUAUCUGGCACAAGCCAUCACUCGCGCCGCCAGCACCUAUUCGACCUGGUGCGCCCUCAGCACCGCACGUGAACCCGCGUCGUAACUCUCAUCCCCAUCGAACUCCGGGCAUGCUAUCACAUUCACACUCCGACUCCCCUCACACACCUGGACAACAGGCGACCUUUCAACAUGGACCCAAGUUCCGUGUUACAGGCGACACUGUUCUCAUGUCACCGCAUCAAAACGUUAGGGAACAAGAUGCUAUUGAGACAUUGUUAUUCAUGAGCAGCCCGGGAAACUCGGCCAAUCUGAAGCACGCUUUCUCUCCACCGAGCUCGUCAGCACCAACCGUCGGGAUGACCAGACCCCAGGCGCGCCACGCGUUGCCUUCCGGACCAAGGAAGCCAUUGCCAUCGCAACGCCAGCCUCAGCAGGUCCGAAAAUCUCCUUAUGAUAAUUCAUCCAUGCCACCACCUCCCGGUUCACCCAUGGACUUGGAUUCACCACAGCAGCAACAUUAUCCUCCUCAAAACAGAGUCAUGCCCAGAAGGCGUACAAUUGGCGGGCGAAGUCAACUACGAGGGACGCUUUCGUUACCAAGCGGUAUUGGUAUAGGAAACGGGAAAACGAGAAAGACACUGCGAGACGAGGACAUCGAAAGGAUGCUUGAUCAAGCCAGCGCUGAGACGGGCGAUAGUUCUGACGACGAGGAGAUUCUGAUACCGUCGAGAAGGCCAGCUGCUCGAGUUAUGCGGUCAUGA